AUGGGAACUGAAUUCCAAUGUGUAGAGGAGAUUUUUAAGUUCGAGUGUCUCGAUAUGCCAGGUAACUUGUACCCUGUUCGCGCCUCCCUGUGUCCUGUUCUCCCCUCCCUGUGUCCUGUUCUCUCCUCCCUGUGUCCCGUCCUCUCCUCCCUGUGUCCUGUUCUCUCCUCCCUGUGUCCUGUUCUCUCCUCCCUGUGUCCUGUCCUCUCCUCACUUUGUCCUGUUCUCUCCUCCUUGUGUCCUGUUCUCUCCUCCCUGUGUCAUGUUCUCUCCUCCCUGUGUCCUGUCUUCUCCUCUCAGUGUCCUCUCCUCUCCUCCCUGUGUCCUGUUCUCUCCCUCUUGUGUCCUGUUCUCUCCUCCCUGUGUCCUGUUCUCUCCUCCCUGUGUCCUGUCUUCUCCUCUCAGUGUCCUCUCCUCUCCUCCUUGUGUCCUGUUCUCUCCUCCUUGUGUCCUGUUCUCUCCUCCCUGUGUCCUGUUCCCUCCUCCCUGUGUCAUGUUCUCUCCUCCCUGUGUCCUGUCUUCUCCUCUCAGUGUCCUCUCCUCUCCUCCUUGUGUCCUGUUCCCUCCUCCCUGUGUCAUGUUCUCUCCUCCCUGUGUCCUGUCUUCUCCUCUCAGUGUCCUCUCCUCUCCUCCUUGUGUCCUGUUCCCUCCUCCCUGUGUCAUGUUCUCUCCUCCCUGUGUCCUGUUCUCUCCUCCCUGUUUCUUGUCCUCUCCUCCCUCUGUCCUGUCCGCUCCUCCCUCCGCCUCACUCUCGUAACCCCCUUGUUCACCUCUCUUCCCCCCUCCCCCCCCCCUGCUCACUCUCUUACCCCCUGUUCCCGCCCCUCGUUCCCCCCUGCUUACCCUCUUUCCCCCUUCGCUCAACCCCUUUUCCCCCCACUCGCUCGCUUUUCCCCUGUGCAGUUGCCAGCGCUCACACACCCUGAAUUGCAAUUUCAAAGCAGCCAUGUCACUUUUUAA